GUGAGCCGCUGCGCGCGGACUCGGACUCGGACUCGGAGUCGUACUCGGACCCACCCCGGCACGGCGCGGCUUAGCGCCGCCAGCUUCAGUGCUGACUGAGGAGGUCUGGAAGAAGGGGGCGGGCAGGAAGAGGCUGGAGUCCGUGACACCCCCUCCUUCCUCCGCUGCGAGCGCCCGGACGGCGGCGAGAUGACGGCUGGGAGCCCCGGAGACUGCGGGGAAGUGCGGAGGAGCCCCGAGGGUCGCGUCUCCCGCCUGGGCCGCCGCCUGGGCCGCCGCCGGCGCCCGCGCUCCCCGCCCGAGCCUCUGCGGGUGCGGGCGCGGCUGCGGCUGCGCUCGCCGUCGGGGGCGUUCGCAGCGCUGGGGGCGCUGGUGGUACUGGUGGGCAUGGGCAUUGCAGUGGCCGGCUACUGGCCGCAUCGCGCCGGGAUCCCAGGACCCCGGGCUGCAAACUCCAGCUCGCCCCCAUUGACCGAGCUGCGGCGCGAGGGUCGUGGCGCCGGCCGGGCCCAUGGCCCUCACGAGAGGCUGCGGCUCCUUGGACCUGUGGUCAUGGGCGUUGGCCUGUUCGUGUUCAUCUGCGCCAACACGCUACUCUAUGAGAACCGCGAUUUGGAAACGCGACGGCUUCGCCAGGGGGUGCUGAGGGCUCAGGCGCUGCGGCCCCCCGACGGCCCGGGCUGGGACUGCGCUCUUCUCCCCAGCCCUGGCCCCAGGACUCCCCGAGCCAUUGGCUGCGUGGAGCAGGAAAGCUGGGACCUGUCCCCGCGUCGGGGUACCUCACCCGUCCCCUCACUGCGGAGUCUGCGUUCAGAGCCUGCUAAUCCUCGCUUGGGGUUACCUGCCCUGCUCAAUAGUUACCCUCUGAAGGGCUCUGGGCUGCACCCACCCUGGGGUCCACGGACCCAGACUGGCCAUGUGAUUAUCACCGUGCAGCCCUCUGGUUCCUGCAUUGAACAUUCCAAGUCUCUGGAUCUGGGACUUGGGGAGCUCCUGCUUGGGGCCCCAGCAGCGAGGGACUGUGCUCACCGAAGCUGGCCACGGCUGGACCGCCUCAGUCUGGGGGGUUAUGCCAAGUUGGGAGGAGGAGGGAACUUGGGGGCCCGGGUCUGAAGAGCAGGGGACAGCCUGCUAUGAGGCUGCAGCACAGACCUUGGUCCCAAUACAGGACUGAGUCCCAAUAUCUAGUAGCUGUCACAUCCAGGGGAUGGAUGCUCUGGAGCCAGCAGCUGCUAAGGCAUCCUGACUUGAAGGUUCACAGAGAAAUACCAACUGCACAAGGGUUCAAUAAGCCAGAGAGAACGUUUUAAUGUGGACUCUGGAGACCAGCAUGCUCUGGCCUCAGGAAUUCCUUCAGCCUCCAAAAGCGGCUUUAGCUCUGGACAGGUACCUGAAGGGGCUGGAGGUCCAGGCCAGGGUGAUUGGGAGAUGCAACUGGUGAGCUGGCAAAACUGAAGUGGUGGGCAAGGACCCUAAGACUUGGAAGGUAGGUUGUGAUGUUAUAGGCUGGGACAGGCUCCCUCCAUGGUGGCACUGGUGAGGGGGUUUGGGCCUUUGGGAAGAUGGGCAAUGGGGUAGAGAUAAGACCUUCCACUGCCAUCUGGAAUGGGGACUUAGCCUUUAACUCCUACCACCUCAACCCCCUUCUUCCCUCAGCCACGCAGGAUACAUCCCACUGAGCUACACUACUGCCAGUGCCUCCAUACUGAGGGUCUGGCCCCUCCCCCAAAAGGCCUGAGAAACCCCCUUCUCUCUUUUGUCGUGGCCUAUGCCAAGGAAUCUCCCUCCAGUUGGCAAAAAGCAUUUGCCAGUUCUCAGAAGUCCUUUUAUAUGUUGAAGUUGCAUUUUGGCCAAUGUGGAAAGCUUUAGAAAAUGGCUUAGAUUGGGUCUCUCUGACCCAUGUUUAAUUUUUUCCAAGUUGCCAGUAGGAGAAAAGAACUUUAAAAGUUGAUCAACCUUCAGGGAGUCCGUCUUUUUUUUUUUUUUUUUUUUUUUUAAUUUAUUGAAAAAUGCAAUACAAGAAGCAAGACCAAACACAUAUCUAAACACUACCACCAUUUCUCUUACUAUGAAAGGCCAAAACAGCAGACCUAAUUAUUGCCUACUUAAUCUAAGGAUUUUGCCAAUUUGAUUCUGCUGCCAUAGUUCCUAUUUUGUCAAGAAAUGUAAACUACUUGAUAAUGAUUCAUAAUCUUUUUUUAAAAAUUUACAAAGCUCCUUCAUUUUUGUCACCAAAAUAAAACAUUUGAGAGAGAUUUGUAAAACCACCCAGCCUGGGGCUGAGAUCCUGGGCAGCUAUUCCCACGAGCACUCCUUGGUGUUGGUCAAGCCGUAGCUCUGGCUCCAUUCCCAAGGUGGACUGUCACCCCCUCACCCCCAGCUGCCCCGAAGAACACACAGUGGGGGACUGGGGGUGUGUGGGCAAGAUUCCCUGACAGGUCCCUGCGGCUCUAUGGGCCCUUGGUUGAUAAAUUCAGAUCCUGCUUUGUGGGUGGGUGGGUGGCAGAGACCUCGUGUGGCUUGGAGGAAAUCUUUAUUUCUCAAGUGAAAUAAAAAUAAAAUUGCAGCAAGA